UGAGGCGGCUCUCCUCCUUAUAACAACCCUGUGGAGUUUUCAUUACGUUUCUGAGUGAAGCAGAGAGCAGAGUGUCCAGCGUGCGUAAACCUCCACCAUGCCUACCAAGAACGUUGUCGACGAGCGGAUCUCCAAAUUCAAAAACAAGGGCAAAGCUCCAGCAAAACUUCGAGAGAAAAGGAUCUCUGUGUGCGUGGAGCUGCGCAAAGCUCAUAAGGAUGAAAACUUCAUGAAGAGAAGAACCAUAACUCUGUCAUCUCUACCAGACGAGGAGGCUCUCUCUGCUGACUGCAUGUCCAACGACAUGGUGGGCUUUUUACCCAUCGAGGAGAUCAUUAAAGACGUGAACUCUGACUGCAAGGAGUCCCAAACCAGAGGCUGUCAGGCAGCCAGGAAGCUGCUGUCUCAGGAGCGUAACCCUCCUCUGAAGGAGGUCAUAGAUGCAGGUCUGCUGUCCCGCUUUGUGUACUUCCUGUCGAUGGACCAUGAGCCGACUCUGCAGUUUGAAGCAGCUUGGGCCCUGACGAACAUCGCCUCUGGGACAUCUUGGCACACUCAACAGGUGGUGGAACACGGGGCUGUACCAGCUUUCAUUGCCUUGCUGGCUUCACCGAUGUUGCACAUCAGCGAACAAGCUGUCUGGGCUCUUGGAAACAUUGCAGGUGACGGUGCAGCUUAUCGAGACAUCCUGAUUGAGUGCAACGUUAUCCCAGCCUUACUGGCCCGCAUCUGCCCAGACACACCAGUUGGCUACCUGCGUAACCUGACAUGGACGUUGUCCAACUUGUGUCGCAAUAAGAACCCGUUUCCACCGAUAUCAGCAGUCCAGCAAGUGCUUCCCUCUCUGAUCCAGCUGCUCCAUCUCAGCGAUAAGGACAUCUUGUCUGACGCAUGCUGGGCGAUCUCCUACCUCUCAGACGGGGACAACGACCGCAUCGAUGUAGUGGUGAAGACUGGCAUCGUCUCUCGGCUGGUGGAGCUAAUGAGCCACGAGGAGCUCAGUGUCAUGACCCCGUCUCUCCGCUCAAUCGGGAACAUAGUGAGCGGCUCAGACCUGCAGACCCAGGCGGCAGUCGAUGGCGGCGUUCUGAAAGUCCUCCCUCAACUGAUGAGGCACCCGAAGCCCAGUGUGCAAAAGGAGGCAGCGUGGGCGCUGUCCAACAUCGCUGCAGGACCCUGCAGGCAAAUCCAACAGCUCAUCACCUGCGGCCUGCUGCCUCCUCUGGUGGAACAGCUCAGAAAUGGAGACUUCAAAACUCAAAGGGAGGCAGUGUGGGCAGUGAAUAACUUCACCAGCGGGGGCACUGUGGAGCAAGUGGUCCAUCUGGUGCAGAGUGGGGCCCUGGAGGCCAUCAUCAACCUGUUGCAGGUUAAAGACGCGAAAGUCAUUCUGGUUAUACUGGAAGCCAUCAACAACAUCUUCAUGGCGGCAGAGAAGUUCGACGAGACUGAGAAACUCAGCCUGUUGGUUGAAGAGCUGGGAGGACUGGACCGCAUCGAGAUGCUGCAGAACCACGACAACGAUAUGGUGUACCAGGCUGCUCAUGCCCUCAUAGAGAAGUACUUUGGUGACGGUGAGGUCUUGGGCGUCAAGGUCGACAGUACGGAUGAUGCUUUUGUCUUUAAGACCCCUGAUGUUCAGACUACCUUUGAAUUUUAAACUCCACAAUUGUGUUUUUUGAUUAUUCAUGUUGAAAUAAAUAAAGUUUGUACAUUCACUCUUACUA